GUACUCUUGGUUAGUGUUGCUACAAACCCAUUAUAACUCUAUGCUACAAACAGAGAGGACACGUGUAGAGGAUUUUGCAACUUUUGAAGAGGCAUGGAAGUUGCUCAAUUAAAAGAGGUUUUCAAUGAAAAAUCCGUGUUCCAUGACAUUGAUGAAUCCAAGAACAAUGAGUCCAGAGUGGUUAAUGACAGAGGUGGUGAUGAUGGACGCCAAAAAGUAUGUGCUACCCUCAAGCAACUGUCUGUGAGGCUAACAGACUGCAGGAAACUGCUGGGAUCAAAAGACUGUAUCUUUCUUGGACAGCGGCACAGCUACCAUUCUACGAGACUAAACCAUUCUUCAUUAAGAGAAGAGAAGAAGGGCCAUGUUUGCUCAGAAUGUGGGAAGAAGUUCUAUUCACUGGCAUACCUGGAAAUGCAUCAGCAUGUACACAGAGGAGUGAAACCAAAUCACUGUGCUGACUGUGGAAAGGGUUUUACUUCAAUGGCUGGAUUAGUGUUACAUCAGGGUGUACAUUCUAGAAAGAAAGUCCAUACCUGUUCUUACUGCAAGAAGACAUUCUUUGGGCUAAGAGAAUUGAAAACACACCAAUGGACACACACUGUAGAUCAACCAUACCACUGCUCAGACUGUGGAUUGGGUUUUAGUAAACUGAAGGAUUUAAGCAUGCAUCUACCUAAACAUAGUAUUGAGAAACCUUAUCACUGUGAACAUUGCGGUAAAAACUUUUCCGCCCUGACGGGAUUAACCACUCACCAAAGGAUACACAGCGGAGAGAAGCCUUACCAUUGCACAGAAUGUGAAAAGGCUUUUGUGACUUCAUGGGCAUUGUCUAGUCACCAAAGGACACAUUCCAAGGAAAAAUCUUUCCAGUGCACCGACUGUGGAAAGUUAUUCAGGACACCAGCUGAGCUGAAAACUCAUCUGGUAAUACAUAAAGAAGAUAGACCUUAUCAAUGUUCUGAUUGUGGGAAAGAUUUCAGGAGAAUGUCUGGUCUGAAACUUCAUUGGAGAACGCACACUGGUGAGAAACCUUAUACGUGUAAAGAUUGUGGUAAGAAGUUUGCUCAACGGCCACAUUUAAAAUCACACCAGGUAACACACACUGGAGAGAGGCCAUUUUGUUGUACUGAUUGUGGCAAAGGCUUCACUCAGUCAUCUCAUCUAAGAAUCCAUCAGAAGAUGUAUCAUAAAGGAGAAAAACCCUUUAGCUGCACAGACUGCGGAAAAAGCUUUACAAUUCCCUAUUACUUGAAAAUGCAUCGAUUAUCACACACGAAAGAUAAAUUAUACCAUUGCUCUUACUGUGAAAAGAUGUUCUCUUAUGACAAUACCCUAAGAGCACAUGAACGCAUACACACCGGAGAGAAGCCUUACAUUUGCAACAUUUGUGGCGAUCGUUUCCGAACAUCUGGACCCUUGUUGAUACACACACGUCGACACACAGGAGAAAAGCCCUUCUGCUGCAUUACCUGUGGAAAUUCGUACACCACUGGACGCGGCCUAAAAUUGCAUGAGAUGAACCACACUGGAGUGAAACCGUUUGCCUGCGAUUGUGGCAAAGCUUUCAAGUCACGGCCUGAGCUUGGUCUGCAUAUGAAACGGCAUAAGCCUAACACUUAACAACGAGAAAAGUUACCCAACAGAAAGACCAAUGACAUAUCUGGGAACACCUGGGGGAAAAUAGGGAAUCACAUCUGUCUCCCUCUUGAUAUUGUUGGUGGGUUUUCAUCACAUGCUUUUGGUAGAAAACCUACUGACUGAAAUGUACUGUAUGUAUUCAUUAAGGGUUUUUACUGUUGACUAACUGUACAACGGAUAUAUAUAUAUGACACACACACUACCGGUCAAAGGUUUUAGAACACCUCAACUUUACCAGUUUUUAUUUAAAUUUACAUAGUUUAAUGUCUCGAUGUACUCUGUAGGUUGCAUUGCACCCUUCUGUCCAGUUCAUCCCAAAACAGCUUGAUGGGGUUUAAGUCUGGAGACUGUGCUGGCAUUUCCAUGAUUUGAAGCCUCCCGUCUUGUUCUUUUCUUCUAAAGUAGUUCUGACAUAGCCUGGAGAUAUGUUUUGGGUCAUUAUCUUCCUGUAGGAUGAACCCCUUACCAACUAGGCAUAUACCAGAGGCUAUAGCAUGGUGCUGCAAAAUUCUGUGAUAGCAGUUUGGGUUCAGGGUGCCACUCACUCACUUGCUUACUUCGACCAGUGUUAAGCUGAGCUUGAAGCUGUUGUCCUGUGACCCGCCUAUCACGCAAGCUGUUGACUCUCAGAAACCUCUGAUUCUGUUCUUCCUGUUCUACCUCUUCCUGUCAGUUUCCAAGUGCCUUUUGAUGGUGUACUAACUGACAACUUGGCUUCUUAGCAAUUUCUAUUGAAUGUAAAUAUGUACACUUUAAGGAUUUUAAUGGUCUGUCUGUAUGUCUUCCUUUGUUAAUCGAAAAUCAAAACUUUUUUUAACCUGUACCAUUUCAGGUUAUUCACUGGACUUGAACUGCUUAAAUAUCAUAAAAAAUGUGGGUGUUUUAAAACUUUA